GAUCGAGUAUCCUUGACAAUAUAAAAAUCACAAUAAUUGGGUCUGCCAGUAUAAGCCAGCGAGUAUAUAAGCCUGCUGCGCCUGAGUUGGUCAUCAGUCACUCAGUGUUCAGUGCUGUGGAACAACCGAACCUACCUUCAACAUGAAAUUCUUGAUCGUUGUCGCCUUAGCCGUUGUGGCAGCGUCCGCGGAAGAAGCGAAGAAGACAGAGAAGCGUGGCCUCGCUGGCCUGGGCUAUGGCGGUUUAGGCUAUGGCGGCCACGGCCUCGGCUAUGACGGCCUCGGCUACGCUGGUGGCCUGGGAUAUGGCGGAUACGGCGGACUGGGUUAUGGCGGAUAUGCCGCUCCCGUCGCCGUUAGCAAAGUAGCAUACACCACCUCCCACGGGCUCGGUGGCUACGGAGGCUAUGGCGGCUACGGCUACAGCGGUCUUGGCGGAUAUGGCGGUUAUUCUGGUCUCGGUGGUUAUGGUGGACACGGUUACUACUCCGCCCCCGCCGUGAGCUACGCUAACCAGAUCGGCUAUGGCGGUUACGGACAUGGUCUGGGCGGUUAUGGCGGCUACGGACAGGGUCUUGGCGGCUAUGGCGGACUCGGCUAUUACGGACAUCACUAAACCAUACCUUGCUCCCCCAAAAUUGUGUUCAAUUUUUUUAAAUACUCAAAAAUCUUGGGGUAACUCACUGCCAUUGUUUUAAUAAAUUGGUAAUGUCUCUAAUGGUUGUGAUAUAGGAUACCCUUAUUUUUAUAGAGUAUUUUGUACAAUAAAUUUAAAACCCUGAGUCUAUGUAAAUAUAUCGAACUAUACAAAAUAUAUAA